CUACAGGCAUCUGGAUGGUCACUGCUUGGCAUGUUUAUGUUGGCAUGCCUACAUAAACAAACCCUAAUCCAGUGGCUUUAUAGACCCUCCAAUACAAUUAUUAAUAGUAACACUAAUAGGAGUAGUAUAUUUUUAAAUAACGCCAAGUAACAGGUGCCCCGCCCCCAACAAGCCUCUUCAAAAGAGGCGGGAAUGGCUGCCAGGUUCGAUGCUCUGAGAGAAAGGCGUGUCCCCAAUGGCGGAAGGGGGUGAACCUGCGGCAGCAGCCGCGCAGGAUCUGAUCCUGGAGGAUUACUUUAUGAUGGAAGAAGAACCUCUGGUUGACAAGUCAGCUGAAGAGGAUGAAAUUGAUCUUUACAUAAACUUGACAUUCACGUCAACAGCUUACCUGGAACAGAAUGAGGGUAAAACCCUGAAGACGGAUCCAGAGCAAGCUCCUCUGGGUGAAUUUGAGGAGGGGAUGGUGGAAGAAAAGAAAUCUGAAGCUGCAGAGACAGAGUCCAUGCUGGAAGAUGUAGCAGAGAAUGAAAGCCUUCAUCCGGAGCCACCGCUUGCUUAUGAUGCCAUGGACGGGGAGGAAGAAAUAGCCAUGGCUGAACAGGAGGAGGAUUCUGCGCGGGAGGAGGAUCAUACAAGCGAGGAAGCUGAAGAGCCAAACGACCUGGGAGAUCCAGCAGUUAUGAGAGCUGUGCGUGGCCAACGUAUAUUGGAGAGAGAAGAUUCUGCUGUCCUAGACAGCAGAGUUGCCAACAAUCUCUCAGAUUAUCCUACGGAUUACUUGACUGCUUCAAAACCUGGAAUGUUGAAUUCUACCUUAAAAAGAGUCCCAUCGCUUUCUAUGAUGGAGGCACUGGACAGGGCUUCUAUGUCCCGUGUCAACUUAGAUUUCCUGGUCUCACCAGUACAGGCAAGCUAUCUAGAUACCUCUGGUCUUGAGCGUUCAGGCUUCUGUGGGAGAACCCUCAAGCCCUCUUCUCAACGCUUCAUGCGGCAGCAAUCUCCCACGAUGCCUGGCUCUAUGAGAUCGCCUUACCAAUUCACUCCACCCCGCAGAACACGUCGUGUGCUUGGCCUUAAUCAGACAUCGGGCUAUGCUUCUUCACCUCCCUUUAGGCCCUCGUUUCCAAAUGUCAGUAGUCCAACCUGGCCUAUGGCCCAUACUCUUGACCCUCCACCCUUCAGUCCAUCAACUGUCAGCCCGCAGAAGUUCAGUGCACCCAGUGCCAUGACACAACUUCAUCCUCUGCAUCAACGGAUCCUGACUCAAAGGCAGCGAGGGCAGGAAAGGAGAAUUCCCUGUAUGGAGCCCCAGCCUCCAGAAGUGGAUUCCUAUGCUGGGCUCAUGACUCCAGUGGAAAAAGACUGGGUGAUAAAGGUGCAAAUGUUGCAGUUGCAGAGUGACAACCUCGACAGGGAUGAUUAUUAUUACCAGGAAUAUUAUCGCAAGCUGGAACGCAAACAUGCAGAGAAAGGGCUGCUUGGAGGAUGCAAGGCAGAAGUCCCCAAGCUAGUCACACCGUAUAUCCAGAAAGUGGAGGCUUAUGAAUCUGUUGUGCGGAUACCAGGGUCCCUGGGCCAAGUGGCAGUAUCCACAUGCUAUAGUCCCCGCAGGGCUAUUGAUGCUGUACACCACAUCCCACUGGAGCAGGCUGUGGGGAAUCAGCGACUGCAAGUGCUGUAUCAGAUUGAGAAGAUGUACCUGCAGCUACUGAACAUGGAAGACAUUCAGCGGAAACUGGAGCAGACACCAGAGGAGCAACAUCCCCACUUCUCUGAGAAACUUGCGCAUGAGGCGGGACACAUCUACCAGAUCCUUAGAACUGAAGAGCAGAAUGCUGAAAAGGAAGCCAAAGAUGAAUUCCUUCAAAUCCUGCUUGUCAGAAAAGGAAAGAGGCUGGUGGCCCGUCUGUUACCACACCUGUCACAGGAGCAAGCCAAGCAGGUCCUUGUCAGCAUUGUGCAGCACCUGCCAUUUCUCAUUCAGAAGGACAUGCUGGAUGAGACUCUGCCCAUUCUCUACAGUCCCCUCUGUGAAGUCAUUGAACAGUUGACCUUCAGUGAGAUGAUCGCCAUCCUACAGGAGCUAACCAGAUUGCAGGUGGAGUCUGUCAAGCAAUCACUUGCUAUGAUAUUUGGGAACAAGUUUGCCAUCUCACUCCUAUACCUGCUGCUGAGUCAUGGCGAGAGAUGCCUCUCCUCCGGCAUGCCCCUGAAGCCCCACAAUGGAGAUUUUGAAAAAUGGGUGGAUACAGUGCUCCUUGUUGCUAGGGAGCUGUCUCAAGUACCCAAGGCAUCCAUGGUGGAGCCACUUCACCUCCCCAGCAACCUCCUUUUUCUCUUCUGCCGCUAUGUGGACAAAGACACAGUGAACCGCUUAGAUGUCAAGAUGGAGUAAGUGUUGGGCCUGGGCAGAUAGCAGGUGAUUGCUUCUACAUUCAUAGACUAUUGCAACACUUGGAACCUACUUCAUGCCUGCAGCCUGAACUUUGGUAGUAGCCUCAGUCUUGACCAUGAGAGCUGAAUGUAGUUAGAAUACAAUGGGCUGUUUCAAAAAAGGAUUAUUUAAUUUACAAAUUUCACUUUUGUUUGUGGUACCUGGGUUUUUUUUCUAAAGUGCUCUGUACCAAUUGUAGAUACUCACUGCUGGCACUAGAGCUCACAGCACGUAAGUUCAGCCUAAAAUGAACGAACACAGGCUUGCCUGUACAGUAAACACUAAGUGCAUAUGAUGUGGGGAUAAACUUUGUUUUUUAAUAGGAUCUUGUGUACAGCACUUAUACAAUAAAAGCAAAUAAAACUAGUUUGAAUUAUC